AUGGCUACCCAGACAAUAGUUGAAGCUGCGCAGAAAAUUGUCACCUCGGAAACCCUCCGCAGUGCAGCCAAACAAUCUCAACGAUGUCUCACUGUCCCUGUACAUCUCCGCCAUGCCAUCAAGAAGUAUCUUCGAGAGCAGGAAGAACCAUAUAUGAAGAGGAAGGUAUUGAGACUGUCCCAGUCAUUCAAUGAAAUCAAGAAUGUCAAUCUGCAGCUGGCCACCACCACAUCAAGGGAGAUAGUUGAAGACCCUUUAAAGUCUUCUGAGCAGUCAAAACGUUGGAAGAUUACGAGCUCCUAUGGUGACAUUGGUCUCACGUACAGAAAUGAUGAGACAAUUGCUUAUGUGGCUUCUCGAAUGCCUGCCGUUUACUCUGCUUGUUACAGAGUACUUAAAGAGGUUCGUAGAAGGCUUCCUGGUUUCUCCCCAACCAAGGUCUUAGAUUUUGGUGCUGGGACUGGUUCGGCUUUCUGGGCAUUACGAGAAGUUUGGCCAAAAUCUUUAGAGAAAGUAAAUUUAAUAGAACCAUCGCAGUCAAUGCAGCGUGCAGGUCAGAGUCUCAUACAAGGGCUCAAAAAUUUGCCACUUAUUCAUAGCUAUGACAGCAUUCAAGCUCUGUCUAAAAGUAUUGGUAAAUCGGAGAGAGGGCAUGACCUUGUAAUUGCUUCUUAUGUACUGGGAGAGAUCCCUUCGUUAAAGGAUCGUAUUACCAUAGUUCGCCAGCUUUGGGAUCUAACACAAGAUGUUCUGGUUUUGGUUGAACCUGGAACUCCUCAUGGGUCCAAUAUUAUAGCUCAGAUGAGAUCUCACAUAUUAUGGAUGGAAAAGAGAAAACAUCGUAAAUCUUCUAAUAAAAACAACGAAGUUUGUAAAGAUUUGAUCACUGAAAAGGCCGGUGCUUUUGUGGUCGCUCCUUGUCCUCAUGAUGGUACUUGUCCACUAGUAAAAUCUGGAAAAUAUUGUCAUUUUGUUCAGCGUUUGGAAAGGACAUCAUCGCAGCGUGCUUACAAGCGUUCAAAAGGUGAGCCUUUGCGUGGCUUUGAAGAUGAGAAGUUCUCCUAUGUUGUUUUUAGACGAGGAAGAAGACCAAGUGAACCUUGGCCUCUUGAUGGUAUUACAUUUGACACUCUUAAAGAGCAACAUGCCAAAAGAAAUCCAGAGGAUCUUGAAAUUGACUACGAGGACUGGUUGAAGUUGCAACAAGCUGAUGACGAUGUCGAUGCUUCUCGUGAAGUAGUAGAUGUAGUAAAAUAUGAUUCUGAUGCUGUUGAAACCGACCACGAAGACGGCAAUGAAGUGGAUGAGGAAAUUGAAGAAGUAACAUUGAGUGCUGAUCUUGGAGGUGGCUGGGGCAGAAUUGUGUUCAUGCCUGUUAGAAGGGGUAGACAGGUAACAAUGAAUGUGUGUAAAUCAACCAAAAGCGAUGCCUCAGAGGGUUCAUUUGACCGUAUGGUUGUAACGAAGAGCAAGAAUCCUACCUUGCAUCAUCAAGCCAAAAAAUCUAUUUGGGGUGACUUGUGGCCGUGUUGA